AUGUCUAAGCAUGAUUCAAAAGAAGGUUCAUCAUUAGAUUCAAAUUCAACCAUUGAUCCUUUAGAGAGCCAACCAAUUAUCAUACAUCAUGACGGUAGUGUUACAAGGCUCAUGCAAAUACCAAACACUGAACCCACACAAGAUCCGGAUAACAUUAUUCUAUCCAAAGAUGUACCUAUUAACCCUAUUAACAAAACUUCGAUACGUUUGUUUCUACCUCAAAAAACACUUCACAAUUCUAAGAAAUUGCCUAUAAUCGUUUACUAUCAUGGAGGGGGUUUUGUAUUUUUCAGGGCUUCUUCAACGGUCAACCAUGACUUUUGCUUCAAAUUAGCUGAAAAAGUUAACAUUGUAGUAGCCUCCGUGGAUUAUCGUCUGGCCCCGGAAUCACGUCUCCCCGCUGCCUAUGAUGAUGCAGUUGAGGCAUUACAUUGGUUGAGAAAUGAGGAAUGGGUUCGCCAAUUUUGUGAUGUGUCUAAUUGUUAUCUUAUGGGAUCUAGUGCGGGAGGGAACAUUGCGUACCAUACAGGUUUACAAUGUGCUGCAAUCGUUGAUGAGUAUAACUUUGACCAAUUGAAGAUCAAAGGGUUGAUAUUGCACCAACCUUUUUUUGGUGGAUCCCAAAGGACAAAUUCGGAGUUGAAAUUUGAAAAUGAUCGAGUUUUGCCUUUGAAGGCGAAUGAUCUAAUGUGGGAAUUUGCAUUGCCCGAGGGGGCAUACAGGGAUCAUAAGUUUAGUAAUCCGAUGAUUAUGGAUGAAGGAGAUGAUAAAUGUUUUAAUGAAAUCAAACGAUUAAGAUGGAAGAUCCUUUUCAUGGGUUGUUAUGGAGACCCUUUGAUUGAUCGUCAACUUGAGUUUGUGGAGAUGUUGAGAAGUAAAGGGGUUAAUGUUGUAGAAUACUUAAGAGAAGGUUUUCAUGGGAUGGAAAUGUUGGAACCAAACACAGAUGAACCACUUUUUGAACAAAUAAAAGAUUUAAUAAAUCUAUGUUAA